AUGGCCCGCCUCAACGAACAAGCCAUGUCGUCUAUCUCGUUGUCAACAGACAAUCUCGAGCUCUUGCGUAGGAAGUUUCUCAGACAAAACAGAGAUAUUGCUCGAGUCAAUUCCACACAGUCACUCCGUAUCCGUGGGUUGGAGAAUGAAUGCGCUCGUUUGCUGUCGGAGAACCUCGAACUCCGUGGCCAGGUCUUACGCCUCGAAAAGGAGCUCCAAGACAACGCUGCGCGAAGGGUGGCCGAUCAUGCGCUUGAGGUCAAGGCCAAGAUGGAGACGCAGUUGGCGGAACUCAGUUCGCUGCUGGCAAGCUUAGGGGAGCCGCCCUCGAAGCGGCGCCUUUUAGAAGAAAGGCGAUACGCGCAGCCUCGACCGAGCGUUCACCGAAGCCCUCCCUUACGAAGAGCACGCCAGGAGGCCGACCAGGAACUACUGGCUGAGCAGGAAGGAAGGCUACCGCCGAUAUACGAGAACAAGACGUAUGCGCGAGCCACAAUGAACAGUGAAGAAAUCCUAGCGCUGUGCAUGCAGGCAGAUGAUUCGAAUGACUCGCCAGACAUCGGACCGCCGCCAGUAUCUAGGUUUGUCGAGGAUGAUAUGGUCAUACCUUGUUCACCAUCGCCAAACAAGAACGCCGAGACCGAAGAAACGGAAACUACCGAGCAAGUGGAAGAGAGCCCUAGGGCUCUUCAAGUACCGCCGUCACUAUCGCCGCCUAAACUUGACUACGACAGGAGACCAAACAUGAUCUUAUUCAGCCCACCCAAAGAAUCGAGAGUUGCGGAACCCUCCAAGAUGUUCAGUCCCCCUCCGAUGGAACCGCCAAAACAGUCCGCAUCGGCUGUACCGAGUGAGACCAUACGAGCAGGCCUCAAGCGAAAGUUGAACGGCGAGAACCAAAACGAACCCAACAAGGCAACCAAGCUUCAGCAAGGAAAAGAGAAUGGCAAUGAGACUGGGAUCAAGAAAGGACUCUCUGCCCGCGACCCGCACAAGAGGAAAAGCAUCAAAGAGACCGCAACGAGACCGAGAGCCCCGCUGUCCGCAAAGAGCACGAACGAGCACAUUGUCUCUCCGAAGAAGCCGGCGAAGCCCCACCAAGUGGCCGACGACUUUGAGCCGGUGAAGGUGCACAACGCGCCAAAGGGUAAGGAGAAAGCUGACCUGCCCGCUCCGGAAGAGAAGUCAGCAGUAGAAGAAACGCAAGGAAAUUCUACGUCGGCAUUCACGAAAGUCGAGAUUUUCCCACCGGCUCUGGAACCUACUCCUGAAGUUGCAGAGAUUCCCGAAACCGAUAUUCUGAUCACACCUGGAACACCAGAGCGCGCCUCCGAAAGUACUGUUGUGACCCACGACACCCCGCCGCCAGCCCACAUUUCAUCUAAUGGAGAGACGUCGCGGCCUAGCAGGCGUGCUAGAGCGGCGAUCAGCUAUACGGAACCCAAUCUGCGCGACAAGAUGCGACGACCGACCAAAGAGCUCUUUGAUGCCGUUUCUGGGGAGGGCAAGUUCCUUCACAGGCCGGCAUCGCAACAGCAGCAGCAGCAGCAACGCAAGGGCGACGAGUCAGCACCGACGUCAGUAAGCAAGGUCAAGGCCGAGCCGUUGCCGGCGGUGGAUAUAAGCAGUCUGACCAGCAGUACGCUGUUUGAAAAAGAGAAGGAGAAGGAACCACAGCUGGAUGAAGGAAUAUUGUCUCCAAACGGCAUCCUCCCAAGCUCAGUAGACCUGGGAAGGAGAAGACGCGCCUCAUCCUUCUCUACUGCAGCCCCUGCAAUGACAAUUCCUUCGGUCCGAGAACAACCAACUCUAAACCCCCCAGCCGCGGAGGAGACCGAUGAAAACGCCGCGGUCGAGGCUCAGAUUCAGAAGGAGCUGAGUAAUAGUAUUACAACACGGCCCAGGGGUGGAAAGGGGAGGCAAUCAAUGAGCCGUUCCGCACCCACGAUCCCAACAGAAAAUCACGAACACGAACACGAGGACGCACAACUCUCGACGAACUCAGCCUCGGUGGAUCUUUACGACUUUGCUAGUUGUGCAUCUCCGGAUAGCGCAGCACCCCAGCUAGAAGCGACUACCGGUGAUGUUCCUGUUAAUAAGAAGGCACAAAAAGGUUCAAGAAGAGCGUCCUCAACUGCUUCGACCGAGACAACAGCAACAGCAUCCGCAAAGCCAAGAUCUUCCCGAAAAAGGGCUUCGAUGCUGGUGCCGAAGAAAAGCUUGUGGGCUGAAGAGUUAACGCAGGAGGAAGAGGAUGAGGAAGAUGUCGGCAAUGACAGUGGCGGGUCCUUGUCCAAGGGGAGGGCCUCGAGGAGGAGAAGUAUGAUGCUUUGA